AUGCGGAUUGAAAAGGUUAACAAAAGACAGUUUGUAAUUGCAGACGGGGCUUAUCCAAAAGAAUAUGACAUCACUUUCCCGGAACGCGUUGAUGGCAGGCUGGAAAAAAGGGAUUUAUCAACAUCUGAAAAGGGAGGUCACGUGGAUGAUGCCUCUUACCGGUUGACUGCCUUUGACAAGGACUGGACCCUGGAUGUGAAGAGAAAUAAAGAACUUAUUUCUCCAUCAUUUGCCGUUCGCACGUUUGCUAGCAAUGGUUCAGAAGUGAUUCAAGAGGAGGGUUCUGAUCAUUGCCACUAUCAAGGGUCCAUCCGGGGCUCGAAAGAUUCAACCGUUGUACUAAAUACUUGCUCAGGACUGAGAGGGCUCAUAGAUGAUGGUGAAGAUACAUUUUAUAUAACACCCGAGUCGGGAAAAAGAGAAACUGGGGCCCACAAAGUGGUCUGGGCGAGGCAAGACGAAGCCACUCGAAUUCGUAAUAACUGCGGGAACAAAGCAACUCACGCAGAUUCCCAUUAUUCAGAUGAAAAGUCAAGGCCAUUUUCUAGGGUAAGAAGAAGCGUUUUGGGUGACAUUGAUGAAUUCUACAAACCAUUUCUGACAACAAGCGAGACACGAUACAAUGAAGUGCUUAUGGUUGUUGAUUUUGGAAUGUACCUGAAAUACAAUAAUGACACCGAUGUCAUUAAAGAUCGCGUUAUAACACUGGCAAAUGCUGUUGAUGCCAUUUAUCAGCGGAUAAAUAUCAGGGUCGUGGUAAAGGGGCUGGAAAUUUGGACGAAUGGCGAAGCUUUUGAACGUCAAAAGAAAGGAGGAGCCGACCUUAGUCGCUUUAACACGUAUCGAAAAGAAAUAUUGGAAAAAACAAUUCCUCAUGACAACGCCCAAUUAUUGAGCGACUGGAGCUGGUCUGACUGUGCUGGCAUGGCAUUCGUGAUGGCGAUGUGUGGCUCUGUUUCAAGUGGUGUUAAUAACUGGGACUAUGGAAGUAUCAUUGGCCCUUACGUGACUGUUGCUCAUGAAAUGGGUCACAACUUUGGAUUCAGCCAUGACACAGAAAGCUGCAAGUGUUUGACCCCAAGAGGUUGCGUCAUGGGCCGUCACCAGACCAGAGUUGCAGGAUUUUCUAACUGCAGUUUGACUCAGCUUCAAAAACUGAAUGACUGGUGCUUAUUUAACGUGCCAUCGUACAAGUCUGCUAACGGUUAUUGUGGAAAUGGAAUUCGCGACGAAGGAGAAGAAUGUGACUGUGGCACUCCGGAGAUGUGUGAAUUAAAAGAUCCCUGUUGUCAACCCUACAAGUGUGUUCUCAAAAGGGAAUCACAGUGCAGUGACCUACAUCAUUCAUGCUGCGAAAACUGCCUGUUUAAGAAACAAGGAUCGUUGUGCCGUGAAGUCGAAACAGAUUGUGAUGUUCCAGAAUACUGCACCGGUGAUUCUGGCGAUUGUCCAGGAGAUACAUACAUAAUUGAUGGAUACCCCUGCAGUCAGACCAAAACAGUUAUACUUGGAAACACUAACCAUUAUAGUGUGGAAAUUAGACCUCUCUCUCCAAGAGUCUAUGCUCGAUAUCUUCGUAUUAAUCCUCAGUACUGGAAAGACUGGCCUUGCCUAAGAACCGAGUUUCUGGGAUGUUCAACAGAUGAAGUUGGUCCAACUGCUCCAACACCUCUAAAGUCCUAUAGUCUUGAUCUUUGUCUCACUCCAUCAAGCCAGUCUUGCUCACCAAAUGACAACGACCGUCUGAUAUACAAACCAGGUCAGUGCACGGAAAGUCACUUUCAGUUCACGCUUGAUGCCGAUGGGGUUUUACGUCAUAGUUGCAGUGGGAAGAUGGUCUGUCCUGAGAAUGGCGGCGAUGGUAAUGGUGCGAAGAUUGUUGUAAGCAGUGCUUGUAAAGUUGAAGAUUCAAAAUUUGAGCGAACAUCAGGACGAUCUUUGAAGCAUCUAAAGAGUAACAAAUGUAUCCAUACUUAUGGAGCUUGGCCCGGCGUCGACAGACAUAUGGUAUUGUGGUCAGGAUGCGACGAAAAACGGCUAGAAAUAUGGUUUGCAAAGCAAGAAUGUAUAGACCCUCUUGGAAUGCAGAGCGGUGAUAUCAAAGACAGCCAAAUUACUGCGUCUUCAUACAGGCCAGCAGAUCUCCCACAUUAUGGCAGGCUGCAUAACGGAAAGUACUGGUGUGCCAAAGAUAAGAAAAGAGACGAGUACAUACAGAUUGAUCUUGGACAGCUACGAACGGUGAACAAAAUCUUGAUACAGGGACGUGGAAACUGGUACGACUGGGUGACUGGCUUCUUCUUGUACUACAGUGAUGAUGGUCAGCGGUGGACGGGUUAUUCAGAGAGUGGAGACAAACAACACUCCAAUUCGCAUUGCUAUCAAGGAAAAUGCAGCGAAAUUCACGAAACUCAGUGCAAGGAUUUGUGGGGAGCCACCGCCAAAAAUGCCGACGAAAGAUGUUAUAACAUACUGAACACUAAAGCGGAUGGAUAUGGUACAUGUGAUCCACUCAGAAAUGUAUCAUGCGCUGCGAGAAACGUGUUAUGCGGUCAACUGCAAUGUGAAGACAGCAGAGAUAAACCUGUUGUGGACUACGGAUGGACGUACACUAAGAUCAGUAUAGAUAACGGAAAACAAUGCAGUGCUGCAACCUUGAAGUCCAUAGAUGACAUUGGUGAGGGAAUGGUCAGAGAAGGGACAAAAUGCGGAGAUGAUAAGAUGUGUGUAGAUAACCAGUGUCAGACGUUUGAUUCCCUCAACUUCGGAAAGUGUCCAGUGAUGAACAACAAGGAGUGCGGAGGAAGAGGGGUUUGCACAAACAAAAAGGUGUGUCAUUGUGAGGGAGGAUUUGAUUCGAAGGACGGUUGUGCAUCAGCUCUGGUGCCUCGAGAUGGAGCGUGGGGUGAUUGGUCCUCAUGGACUGUUUGUGACAAGGGCUGUGAUGGUGGAAAAAGAAAAAGACAUCGCUUCUGUGACAAUCCAUUUCCUCUACAUGGAGGGGCUAACUGCUUUGAACAACGACACGAGACAGAGGAUUGCAAUACUCAGAGUUGUCCAAAGGUGAUAUCAUGCCGUCACCUACAACAAGUUGGCGAAGAAACGAAUCACAAUUAUCCUGAUGCCGUCUACAAGAUUUACCCCAUAGGUUCCCAGCCAAUCAUGGCAUACUGUGAUAUGUCGCGUGACGGUGGAGGAUGGACACUAUUGGUUACCAGUCAUACUAACAGCUGGACGGCACAGAAUGUGAAAUUACGAAACGUGAACUCUCCAAAGUUGACUGAUGAUUACUCCAUCCUGCAGUAUGCAGACAGUAUUAAAGAUAAUAUCAAAGUAGCUGGCUCUACGUUUGAAUAUCGAUUAGAAGCUCAGAGCCGAGGUCGCUGGGGAGGUAUCUGGAAGGCACCCAGAGGUUUUACGUUCACAGCUGACAACAACAAACAAACGGAUAUUGAGCUGGUCAAGAAGUUUGACAAUUGGGAAUAUUCAGACAAAGGAAUUGAACAAAGAAUGCCAUGGAUUUCUGAUGCCAGGUUAACUACAUCCCAUGAUGCUCAGCGAAAUUGGUGGGGUACAAUAACAGCGGAUGAUAUGGAAUACCACCCCGCUCCCUGGAUCAACGGUCACCUGAAGGAGCGUCAGCCAUCAUAUAUCUGGUACUGGAUGAGAGAGGGACCUCUUGAAACUCCUAGCUCAUGUAAAGAAGUAUACUUCAGAGGGCUCCUGACAAACCCUGUGUCAAAUGGAGUUUUCGCCAUCAAACCUCCUGGACAGCAUGAAGUUAAAACGUAUUGCGACUUUGCGACUGAGGGAGGGCCCUGGACCCUACUCGUGACGAGUAAGACCCACAGUGGGUGGGACAAAGACAGCAUCAAAGAAAGAAACUCAAAAAAACCUUCUUUACAGGAUGACUAUUCCAUACUAGGGCUUGCAGACGCCAUAAAAGACUUUGACAAAGCUCAGGAAUUCUUUCAAUACCGAAUUGAGGCAGACGGCAACAACCGCUGGGGAGGGAUCUGGGAAGCACCACGUGACUAUACAUUCCUAUCUACGCGCGACAAACAAACCAAAGUAAAAAUCGUGAAGAAAUUCGACUCGUGGGAUGAGAACAGCAACUUGGGAAAGCGCAUGCCCAGACUGGGAUUAUCUAACGAUCUUUUAUUAAGCAGUGCAUCAACUGUGGACUACUCAUCAGGGUCCUUGGUGUAUAACAGUGGCGCUAGCUCCGCCUCGUAUCUGGAGCAAGAGAAGCCAAAACCGAAUGUUGUUCGAUACUGGAUGAGAGAGGGUGCUAGGCUAUCUUGUAACGAUUUGAAAUUACAUGGAGUGAGAGCUGGUAUCAAGUAUGACGAUAGUUUUCAACUGGUAAAAACCAGUGAUACCCAGUACCUCCCAGUCUACUGUGAUAUGACAACAGCAAAAGGAGCUUUCACUCUUAUUGUGACGAGUGCUCACAAUAGCUGGACUCGAGCACAGGUCCCUCACAGAAAUGUCCUUCAUCCAGGACUGAAUCGAGACUACUCCAUCCUAGACUUAGCAGACAGUAUUAAAAGCGUGAACAACAAUGGAACAUUCCAGUACAUGCUGGAUGCUCAUUCUAGACGCCACUGGGGAGGGAUUUUUGAAGCUCCUACAUCUUACAGCUUCAUGGCAUCGGAUAAUUCGCAAACCAACGUCGAAUUAACGAGGAAAUUUGACGAUUGGAAGUUUUCCUGGUGGAAGUCGUUAAACAAGAGAAUGCCGUGGUUUGACGCCAAAGGAACUGAGAAAAAGGCUCUGCUGACCACAUCCAGCAGCACGACCUACUACCCGUCGGGUUCGAUCAUUUGGGGAGGCUCGGACCGGUAUCCGUCCGAUUGGAUUGGGUAUGGGGGAAUGAAAAAUCCAGGAGUGAUCUGGUACUGGUUAAAUGAGGAUGAUUGUGACGAGGAGAGAAAACCAGUGGAUGGCGGACUAACCGAGUGGGGUGAAUGGGGAAACUGUGACAAAUUGUGCGAGCCUGGUAAGCAGCGAAGGUACAGAACAUGUACAAACCCCAAACGACGUUGCGGUGGAAAACUGUGUGAUCCAAGCAUUCAGACAAAGCAUGAAAGAGACUGCAUGUCUUGCCCUGAGAGCGGAAUACGAAGUUACGGUGACUUCUGUGUGGCCCCAAAUAAAGGAGGUUGUUCCCCUCCUGACGGCAGUUAUCUCAUCUUCACCAAAAAGGAAGGCACGGCUUGUAAUGCAACCGAUCAGAUUUUUGUUCUCGACCAGGAUGGAGUUAUUUAUCAUAAGUGCAGCAAGAGGGAAGUUUGUCCACAAGACAAUAACCCUACUUAUGGAAAGAAACUUAUGUUAAAGGAUAAAUGCGAUCUUAGCAUUUCAAGGCAUGUCAGGUUGCCGACACACAAUAACCUGAAGAAUUUGAAGAACAAUUUCUGUGUUCAUCCAAACGGUGGAUGGCCUGGGGAGGGAGUGCAGUUGGUGUACUGGCCAGGGUGUGGCGAAGAAAGAUUGAAGCUCAACUUCUUUGAACUUGGUGUACCAACUGCCUGAAUUCCAGUGCGGAGAAAUAUUUACUCGCCUACUUAUAUUAUCA